AAUUCCUUGGACUUAUUAUGUGUCUACUACCCGGCUAUACCUUGACAGAUAAUAAUAAUAAUAAUUGGAUCAGUUUCAUCUUCACAAUGAAACGUUUUAUAAAUAGCUUUGACUUUUAAAUAGAUGGCAAGUGCUAUCUCAUACGGAUAAUGUUUUUGUUUUGAACAUAAGUCCAGAUAAAAAAAAGUAAAGAUGUCAGCAACUCAAGAUGCUUGGAAGAUAAGUGGGGAGGAUCGUUCAAAGCAUGAUGCUCAAUUUUAUCAACUCAAACCUGUAAAUGGGUUUGUUACAGGUACUCAAGCAAGAGACUUUUUUGUCUUGUCGGGUCUACCAACACCUGUGUUAGGUCAAAUAUGGACCUUGGCUGAUAUGAAUGGUGAUGGAAAAAUGGAUAAAAAGGAAUUUUCAAUAGCAAUGCAUUUAAUCAAGAAAAAAUUGCAAGGAUAUGAGUUGCCCAAGGUUCUGCCAGCCUCCUUAAAAAUGGACCCAACUCCUGUGAUUGGAUCAUUUGCUCAACCCACCAUGCCUGUGUCCAUGUCUCAGCCUAUGGGCAUGGUGUACCCAAUGGUGGGAGGUAUGCCUGUCUCAAUGGUAGGUGGGAUGGGCAUGCCUGUGUCUGGAAUAAUGCCCCAGGCUUCUUUGGGGACAGCAACUAUGACAACAGGAUCAUUGAGUAUGGGGCCUCGUAUGGCUAAUGGUGCAGCAGGAACUAUGUUACCAGCUGGAAACCUUGGUCAUGUACCACUUGCUGGGCCUGGUCAAAUGACAGCUAUGCCAGGGACUGCAGCACCUCCUUCAGGUGGUAGCAUUUGGGCAAUGGCUCAUAACACCAAGUUAAAGCACACGCAGACUUUUAAUGCCAAUGAUAGAAAUAAAAGGGGUUAUCUUCUUGGUGUAGAAGCAAGGGCAAUUUUAAUGCAAUCUGGGCUGCCUCAAGCUGUUUUAGCUCAAAUAUGGACUUUAUCGGACAUAGAUCGUGAUGGAAAACUUACUUGUGAUGAGUUUUGUAUCGCUAUGCAUCUAUCAGAUUUAGCUAGACUAGGACACUCACUACCUGCAGCUCUACCUGCUGAGCUGAUGCCAACAAAAGCAAGAUCAGGUAGCCUCACUUCACCACCUAAUUCUGCCACUUUGCCAGCACCCAAGCAAGAUGCCUUCGGAGACCUACUAUCCACUGCUGGAAUGCCUGUGUCUGUACCUAAUGCAGUCCAAGCUCAAGCAGUAGAAGAGUCCGCAGACAGCAAAGUGACUUUAGAAGACAAACGUAAAGAAAACUUUGAUAAAGGACAGGCAGAACUAGAGAGAAGAAGAGCUUUGUUACGAGAACAACAACAAAAGGACGAGAAUGAAAGGCUAGAAAAAGAAAGACAUGAAGCUGAAAAAAGAGAAAGACAAAGGCUUGAGGUUGAGAGUCGUCGACAAGCAGAACUGCAAAGACAAUUAGAAAAACAAAGAGAAAAAGAACGUGAAAUUGAGGAGCAAAGAAGAAAAAUGAUGGAACAAAGAGAGGCUGCUCGUCGAGAGUUAGAACGUCAACGUCAGAUGGAAUGGGAAAACCAACGAAAAGAACAAUUAAUGGCCGAAAAACAAAGAGAAUAUGAGCAGUUAAGCAUUAUGAAGUCACAGAUGGCUAAUUUAACAAAUGAAUUAGAGUCGCUGAAUGCAAAGAAAGCUGAGCUGUCUCAAAAAAUUAUUGGUGUUCAAAAGGGCGUAACAGAUUUCACAUCUAGCAUAGAUGCAAUGCGGUUGACAAGAGACAGAACAUUAGCUGAUAUUGAUGUUUUCGAGAGGCAAUCAGUGGAACUUAACAGAAAAUUAGCUGUACUUUCUGGAGAAAAGGAUCAACUCAAUGUCCAAGUUCAGACUGGUCAUGCUACUCCUCUAUCUGAUGCGCACCGAACAGUGAUGCACAGUGUAGAGACAAAGAGAACAAGUAUCCAACAAUUUAAAAAAGAAAUUGAACAGCUUGAAAGUGAUACUGAAGCAAGACUUGGGGAGAUAGACUGUAACAAUGCUGAGUUGAGGAAUCUAAAAGAACAGUUAAAUAAACUGGAGAGAGAAUUACCACUGCUCCAGAAGCAGCAUGAAGAAAGAUUAGCCCAGCAAAAGAAAGCUACUUUAGAACUUCAACAGAAGCAAAGGGCAGAAAAGGAACGACAAGAAAAACUUAAGCAGGAUGUUGCACAGCAGGCAAAAAAAGCAAUUCAGAAUGAGGCAACAAAACCUGCAACAAACUCCCAGCCUAGUUGGUUUGACUUCCCUGGUUCUGGUGUUUCUAGCAGUGAUGGUGGAACCAGCUCUGCUAAUAGCUGGGAUGCAGGAUUUUCCAGCACUGCGAUGUAUGACAAUACACCAGCUGCCUGGAACUCUAAUGGGGCAACAACAGCUGGAGGUUCACAGAAUAAACUUAAGUAUAGAGCUUUAUAUGAUUUCCAAGCAUCUAGAGAUGAUGAAUUGUCUUUGGUAGCUGGCGCAGAAUUAUGGGUAUUCUCAGACUUCACUCCUAUUCCUGGUAUGGAAGACUGGCAUAAAGGAGAUUACAAUGGUAAUAUUGGCUGGUUUCCUAAAGCUUAUGUUGAAAGGCUUGAUGAACCUUCUGCUGAUCCUUUCGGCAGUGCUUUUGAUACUGUUAUUUCAAAUGCUCCAAAAACUCAGACAGAAACUGAACUUUUUGGAUCAGCCUUUACUCAACCAAGUGCAAUACCAUCAAGAGUAGCAGAUGAAGUUCCCUCUUCUACUGCAAGUACUGUUCUACAAGAUGGUUUAUUAGCCAAAGCCAUUUAUCCUUGGAAAGCAAGACAAGAAACAGACCUUACUUUUGAUAAAGAUGAUGUCAUUCUAGUCAAAGAGCAGCAAGAAAUGAAAUGGUUCGGAGAACUCAAUGGAAAGAAUGGAUGGUUUCCUAAAGCAUAUGUUAAACUUAUAGGUGUAGCUCCAAAAGCCGGAUUAUCAGUAGAUGAUAGCAUCUCUAGUCAAGUGCCAGCCUUGGAUAUAUCUAGUCCUGCUGCUUCAGAUGUUCAAGGAGAGUAUUAUAUAGCAAUGUAUUCAUAUACAUCUGAAGAAGCAGCAGAUCUGAAUUUUAAUGAAGGUGAUAUGAUUUAUGUAACAAGUACUUCUGGAGAUUGGUGGAGUGGAAUGCUAGGAGAGCAAGGAAAAAGUGGGAUUUUCCCAGCUAAUUAUGUCAAGAAGCUAGAAAUUCAGCCUGUCAAAGUGGAUUCAAAGAAUGCAAAAAAUAGUAACAUUGAUAACUUCUUAAAUGACUUUACUAAUCCUACAACAGUUUUAUCUAGUUUUGCAUCUAAUUCAAACAGUGAUAAUUAUCCUCCAUUUAACAAUCAAAUUAAAUCUAAAGAUCCAGAGUUAGAUUUUCUCACACUUGGUUCUGCUAGCAUCCCACCAAUACAAGUAGGAACACAACCUCAGCAGGUAAACCCUAUGGAUGAAUUUGGAUUUUCAAGUGCUGGGUUUGUUAGCAAUAGUUCUGUGCAAGCUAAAGAAUCCAGUUAUGAUGAUAUGUUUGCUGAGUUUCUACAACCACCUUCAAGCUCUGGUUCCCAAUCUGGACAACCUGUCCUAAGCAAGAAAAGUAGUAGCAUGGGGGAUCUGCUUGGGACAAUGGCUGACCCUUUUGGUGGCGAUGACCCAUUCGGAAAUGAUCAUUCUUUUUCUGGCAACAGUUUUAACAGGACAGGAUUUCAGCCUACAACAGACCCUUCCUCACUUUUGGAAAAUGGGAGUUUUAUAGAUUCUUUGAAGACACCCGUUGAUUUGGUUGCAAAUGCAAGCUUCAUUGAUAAUUUAAAACCUAGCAUUAGCCUUCCUGAUAUACUUGACCUGGAAAAUGAUGCUUCACAAAACAACUUAUUUGAUAUGGACUUGAGUGGCUUUACAAAGCAGCCAAAUGCUCGGCCUAAAAGUGCUGUUAGCUUUAGUGAUGAAUUAAAUAAAUCUAUUAAAAAGUCAAGUGCCAAGCCAGCACCUCAGCCACCUGGUGUCAAGCAAACACCACCUCCCAAGCCCAGCCCUAGAACUGCACCUGAACAGAAGAGUGUCAAGAAACCAGAAAUAGCAAGAGUUAUUGCACCUUAUGUGGCAACGGGUACAGGCCAGUUAAGUCUUGAGACUGGCAAUCUGAUCAAUGUUAGGCAGAAAAGUCCAAGAGGAUGGUGGGAGGGAGAACUGCAGGUAAGAGGUCAAAAGAAAAGGAUUGGCUGGUUUCCCGCUAACUAUGUUAAACUUUUGGGUGCAUCAAGUGCGCGGUCAACUCCUGAGCCAUCUGUUGCUGCUUUAACUAUUGGUGCGCAGGGCAGUAGAUCAACUACACCACAAAGUACUGCAAGUCAAGAAGGAGUUGUUGGAGCAAAUCAAUCUGAAACAGUAGUUGCUCUGUAUGCCUACGCUGCUCAGAAUGAUGAUGAGCUGACAUUCCAAAAGGAUGCAGUGAUAACUGUUUUAAGUCGGGACAACCAGGACUGGUGGCAUGGUCAGUUGGAUGGCAAGACAGGAGUAUUUCCAUCGAACUAUGUCACAUACAACCCCCAGUCUCAAUCUUGGAUGAAUGACACUCAGGGAACUCUGUCAAAAGAUGAACGCAAGAGACAACACGCAAUACAAGAACUGAUUAACACCGAAGAAUCUUAUAAUUCAGACAUGCAAAUUGCACUUGAGGUGUUCAAAAAGCCAAUGCUUGCUGCCAAUACUAUUCCUAAAGAAUCUGUUAAUCAAAUUUUUAUAAACUGGGAAGAAUUAAUAGUCUGCAAUAAAAAGCUUUUACAAGCCUUAAGGGUCAGGAAAAAAAUGUGUGGUAAAAAUGGAGUUAUAGUCAGCAUUGGGGAUAUCCUUUGUGAAAGUCUUCCUCACAUGAAUCCUUACAUGCGUUUUUGUAGCUGCCAGCUUUCUGCUGCUGCCACUUUACAGAGAGUGGCUGAGUCUUCUCCAGCAUUCCAGGAAUUUCAUAAGGCUUGCAUGCAGAACCCCAAAGUGAAAGGUGUUCAUUUGAGUGGUUAUCUUCUCAAACCCAUGCAGCGAAUUACAAGAUAUCCAUUAUUGAUUGAAAAGAUUUUAUCCAGCACUCCACCUGACCAUGCUGACAGGGGUAAUUUGGAAGAGGCCUUGACCUUAGCACAGGAGCUGUGUAGUCAAGCUAAUCAGUGUGUGAAAGAAAAACAAAACUCUGACAGUCUGGAGUGGAUUCAGGCUCAUGUCCAUUGUGAUGGUUUAGCUGAAAAUAUCAUUUUUAAUUCUUUAACAAAUUGUAUGGGUCCAAGAAGACUUCUUUUCCAUGGAGUUUUGUAUAAGGUCAAAAGCAAUAAAGAGCUUGUUGGGUUUCUUUUCAAUGAUUUCUUGUUACUUGCACAAACAUCAAGACCACUUGGAAGUAGUUUUAGUACAGUGCAUUUGUUUGAUACCAACACACAAUUUAAAAUGUAUCGUUUGCCAAUAUUUUUAAAUGAAGUCACAGUCCAAAAAAACAGUGAUGAUUCUGAACCAUGCAGCUUUCGCAUUACCAGUGAUAGAAUUAUAAAUCUUAAAGCUGUUUCAUCAGUUGAAAGAGACACCUGGGUAAGGGAAAUUGAUGCAGCUUCCAAGCAAUACAAAGAUAAAGCCAUGAGAAAGUUAGAGAGAGCACAUUCUAUCCUGCGAGCAAAGCCUGUAGGGAGAGUACUGGUGGUGGUGGAAGAGGGUGUGGGCUUGAGGCCUGCCCUUGAUGCUGGCAAAAGUGAUCCUUACUGUGAGGUCAGCAUGGGUUCUCAAGAACACAGGACAAAAGUUAUUCCUGGAACUCUGAAUCCUCGAUGGAAUGCUUCUAUGCAAUUUCUUAUAAGGGAUGUUGAUAGGGAUACUCUUUGUUUUACUGUUUAUGAUAGGGAUCUCUACUCACCGAAUGAUUUCUUGGGUCGUACAGAAGUUAGGAUAAAAGAUGUCCUUGAAAGUGGAGAACGCAGAGGACCAAUAACCAAGAGAUUAAUAUUACAUGAAGUUGAAACCGGAGAAAUCAUUGUAAAGUUAGAUCUGCAGCUAUAUGAAUCAUCAUAGAAUUUCAUUAUUUUUGUGUUGUUCAUUAGGACAACACAUAAAUCAUUCCCUUUUAUGUUUGUUGCAUGUUACAUUGCAUGUAAACUAUAUAAUGUAGUUUAAGAUAUAUUAGUCAUUUUAAAGAAAUUUAUCUAUUUAUCUACCAUCAGUAUUUAACACUAAUUUUAACACUAUAAUUUAAAGAAACAAGAUAUUUUAAAUCUGCACACAUUUCCAAAUAUCUGCUCCUCUUUCGCCCCCCUAAAGAGAGCAUGUGACUCCUGGCUUAGUAUUUUAUAUUUAUGUACAUCUCUAAUAAAUUAAAUCAGCCAUAUAUAAUUAAUUUUGCUAACAAUUUUUUAUUUAAAAACAUAUUCUAGUAAUUCCGUUUUUUUUUUUUUAAAUAAAACUUACAUAAUUUUAGCCAAUUUCCCAAAUCAUAAUUUCUAAAUUAGCUAAUCAGAAUUACUGUGUUUGAAGGUGAUUAACUUUAGAUUGGUUUUUUACUUUAUGUAUAAGUUUAAUUUUCAGAUUGACUAAAAAAACUACUCUUCACUUCACAACAGACUCCUAAACUAAAAUUAAUAUGGAAAUUUAAAAAUCUUAUCAAGUAUACCAAAGUAUACCUAUGCUUACAU